CAUGCGCGUUGCUGAACCCGGAACUGAGCUUCUAGAACUCAGCUGCGUUUUUAUAAGCAAAUGUUAAGUUCGGCUUGAAAAUAUGCAGCUUCACUUGGUUAAAGAGAUUUUACCGGACUCUGUCAGCACCGACUUUCAGAACCUGAACAGGUUUAAUGAGCAGCAAUUUCCUCGUCUGGUUGAAAUUCUGUUCCAGUUCCUUUUGGAGCCUAAAGAGACGGAGAGAUUCUUGCAGCAGCUCACUGAGUUUGCAGGAGAACAUGGGAUGAGCGCUGGGCUUCUUAGAAACCUGAUGAAGAGUGUUCUCCUGGUGCCACAAGGGGCCCUGAAGAAAAACCUGACAGCGGAGCAGAUCAGAGAGGACCUGGUCACAUUAGGACUAAACGAAGAUAAAGCAGCUUUCUUUUCACAACAGUGGGGAGAGCACUAUGCUGCACUAUCUAAAUGUGCCAUUGGACAGACACUGAUGGUCAACCAAUUGGUUGACAUGGAGUGGAAGUUUGGAGUGACCGUUGGCACCAGUGAAGUUCAGAAAGUGGGUCACAUCUUUCUGCAGCUGAAACUGGUUGUGAGGAAGGGGACCUCCACUGAAAAUGUCUACAUGGAGCUGACGCUGCCUCAGUUUUACAACUUCCUACAUGAGCUGGAGAGAGCCAAAACCAGUAUGGAGUGUUUCAGCUGAUUGUGUGGAUUUCUGUGUAUUUAAAAUACACAUUUAUAUGUAU